CCACCUCACCUCACAAAAGAAACGUCUCUUUGGGUCUCUCUUUCUCGUUUGCUCGAGAAUCAUUGUCUAUUUUUUAACCCGAGGCUAAAUAAGUAGCUAUAUUCGCUUGCCAUGGAUCAACCACCACCGUACCAGCCAGAGUUUGUCCCAAUGAAAGGAAAUAAGUACAUGCGUCUUGAAGACACUCACGGAGCGCCCAAGUUCCAACAUACCGUCGUCUUGGGACAGCCACAGCCCGUUGUACCGCAGCCCAGGGAUCACAUUAUCUGGUCACUUUGCAGCCUCGUGUACUGCAACCCAUUCUGUCUCGGAAUGUUAGCGGUGUAUUUCUCCAUAAAGUCCAGGGAUAGGAAGAUGGUUGGAGACUCGGAGGGAGCAAGAAAACACGGGAACACUGCACGCUGCUUUAAUACUGUGACCCUGACCCUGUCAAUCCUCGGGCUGCUCUUCCUCUUCAUCACCUAUGGUAUCAUCAUCUACCAAGUUGCACACUGAGUAGUUCCAGUCUUUGCUUUUGUAAAAAGUGUUCAUUUGGAAGUCUUGGCAUGUGUUAUACACCUCUAGGAUUGUGUCCUGAUACAUUUCAGCUCAUCUCUUUAAAACACACACACACCACAGAAGUUCCUUCAGCACUGUGUACCAGAUCUUAUUUGCUCUUCUUUAGUUUUGUGUUUUUCCAAGAUGCAAGAUGAUUCUUUUGAAGUUCCAUUCAAAUGUAAGUUUUUAUAAAUAAAUUCAACAUUUUUGUAAAUGCA